AUGGAAAAGCCAAAGGAAGAGCUUGCAUGCAAUAAUGGUGAAGAACAAGUACUUGAAACACCAAUACAUGUUUUGGAGAAAGGUCUGGCCUCGGUUCUCGAACAUGCCGUGAAACAUGGAACUGUGGUUGAUCUUGAAUAUGUUCUCCAUAGGUUUGAUUAUGAUAAUAUCUGUUUGUUGGCUCUGGGAUUUGACCCGAAAGCUCUUUUGGUUUUGUUCCCUUUGUUUCCAAGCAAGGUGGCUGUCCAUUGUAUAGAGGAUUGUUUGUUGUUCAGGAAUGUGUUUCCUUUAAGCUUUUGGAAGCUUCAACACUGGCUGCAAAUCGGUGUGGAGAAAAGGUUGAGUAAAUCUUUGGAGAUUGCUGAUCGUCCAACUAUGAAAAUGUCUUUCACCGGUGAAGAACUCAAUAGAUUCACUUACCUACAUGGAACCUUGUGUGAGACAUUAAGGCUUUAUCCACCUGUACCCUUGAAUCAUAAAAUAGCUGUCCAACCUGAUGUUCUUACGAGUGGUGACACUGUCAAUGAGAACUAUUCGAUGAGUCGGAGUGAAGAAAUUUGGGGAAAAGAUUGCUUAGAAUUCAAACCAGAAAGGUGGAUUCGAUAA